AUGCUCCAUAUCACCUCCAUGGCGCCUCCCGUUCACACCACCAACCUUGCCAUCGCCGACUGGUUCAGGCGGGCACAAGAUGCCGGAGAGAGCACCUGGGGCAUGGCGGCGUGUUUCACCGCCGCCGCAGAAAUGCGCUGGGAUGUGUUGGAGUGGCUGCUCCACCGCGGCGGGCUAUGGGCGUGCGCGGCCUACGUCGGACGACCGGAUCUGAUCGGCUGGAUAGACACCAUCGCGCGCUGCCCCAUUGAGCUCGCAAAGUGCCAGAUCGACAUCGUCGUGGGAUUCGUCGCCGAUAUCGUUCGCGCCGAUCCGGAUGCCGAUCCGCCGUACAAAGAGGCGUUCGAUCGCGCUCGUGGCGACGACGGCGGUGUCUCGUGGAUCGCAAGAGGCAUCGCCGCCGAUACGGAACAGAAUCGGGCGAUAGAGAUGGCUUACGAUCACGCCUUUGUGUAUUUGCGUCAAAAGAUCCUCAUGUCCCUUUAA